AUGGACCAAGAGGAGGCCCCGCCGCCUUACUCGGCGGUCGACCCAUUACUGACUCACGCCAACAACAAUCGCCGCAAUGGCAACUCUCCGCAAGGCCCGAGCCCCGGCAGCGUGCCUGGGACAGAGUAUGCCAGCAGCAGCUCCCACAUUCUUGCGCAGCCCACCAGCCUCGGUGCUCCGCUAGUCCCACCUGCACAGUUCACCUCCGCCGUCGCCUACUUCGAGGAGCGACCUCCAACGCUCUUGGACGACAGCCGAGGCAUUCUCCACCACCAUAUGACCGUCUACCCCCGGAGCCAAGCCAAGGAUUUCCCCAGACGGCCUCGCUGCUGGGCUGCGCGAGUGGACGAGGUCACCCAGCAGGACUGGGAUACCUUUCUACGCCACCUGUUCCCGCCGCAGCUAGGACUGGCAGCCUCGUCGCAACAUCUGCCGCGACAGUUGAGGGCCGAGAUUCAGCGAGACCGCAAAGACCGGCCACAGGAGACGGAUGAGGAACGGCGGGCAAGAAUUACGGCUGUAAUUGCGGAGUGGAACCAGUGCUUCUUUGAACCUCGCGCGACUCGCAUCUUCUUUGUGUACGUCGCCGAACCGGACGCUGCGCCCGCGUCGGCUCUUUGCCCCAAAUGCUAUCCCGCUACAACCAAGGUGAAUCAGUCGACCCAGCCUCAAGGUGUCGCUGGAUCUCCGGGUGUUUCUUCGCCGGGACAAUCAAAUACUGUGUCGCCGGUGUCAGGGCACUAUACUCCAUCACCGACCAAUCCAUGGCCUGGCCAGCCCAUGCCUCCUUUUGCACAUCCCGGCGGUCCCGGUACACCUUUUGGUCUGCCAUUUGCUGCGCCGCCGUUUGCUGGCUCCGGUACUCCGCCGAAUAACCAGCCACCCGGAUACUUCCCACAGCGGCCCCCAUAUGGGGGUGCGCCCCCAUGGGGAUGGAACCACUGGGGCUACCCACAGCCUCAGAGCCAGAGUCCAGGAGCUUCAAAAAGUGGUGCAUUCGGAUGGAUCUCUUCACUUGCAUCGCAAGCACAAAAAUACGGUGAACGAUUCACCGAGCAGGCGCAGCAAUACGGCGAUCAAAUCACUGCGCAAGCACAGCAUUAUUCACGACAAGUCGAGGAACAAGCCUUGGCACAUGGCCGAUGGCUCGAGGAACAGGCAAGGCUUCGAGAACAAAAGCGGACUUUUCCGUACGGUGGCUACAGUGGAAGACCUCAGUGGGGGCAGUAUCCUCAGGAAGGAUAUGGCGUCCCGAUGGCACCUAUCGGCAACCCAAGCCCCCAAAACGAAGUGACUUCGGAAAACAGGAACCUGAACGGCCAGCCUUCACUAGCACCCGAAACCCCUGCAGCCGAACGCCCACGUCGAGGGUCCGUCAGUUCCACUUCCUCCGAAUCCUCUCUCAGCUCAAUCGACUCUCUCUCAACAACAUCAGACCUCAAUGCCUCAGACCUUGCCACAGUCCGAGCGCAACUCCAGGCAUUAGACGACCGACAUGACCGCACCCUAUACGAUGCAGCCGUGGACCUCCGGCGGCAGCUUUCUGUCCUCCAGGAAUCCCGCCACGAAGCCCGGGUUUCACAACGAAAAGGCUGGCUACACGGACGGCGCCAUCAAAAUCCCCACCACAAUCAUCACCACCGACAAAAUCCCCACGACUGGGGACGCUGGGAAUCACCCGAGCAGCAACAGCGGAAUUCCACCGAACGCCGCGCCCUGAAAGAGGAAAUGCGCGCUACCAGGAAAGCAUUCAAAGACGUAUUCCGUCGCGCGCGCGACGAGCAGCGCGAGCAGAAACGCGCUCGGCGGAGACAGCACGGGUGGCAUCGCUUUGGUGAUGGUGAUCAGCCCAAACCGCGGGAUCAGCCAUUGGACCGGCGGCUGGAGAGUCUCGCUCUGGAUGGGUCUAUCGAGUCUGGCACUGCGUCGAUUCCGUCGGAGUCUGCUCUCCAAACGCAGAAACCAUUGCCCACUGCUCCGCCUGCGCAGUCUGUCCCUGGGGCUCAGUCAAGCGGUCCUUCUUCUCCUUCUAGUUCUCAAGUCCGUUCUCAGGAUUCUCAGUCCGACAGUGUGGCUGAUAAGAAAGGCAAGUCGAAUGAGGCACCGGCCCGACUGAAGGAGAUGCUGAAGCCGCGCAAGAAGCAGCGGCAACAAAGUACUGCCGCCCGUUCCGCUUCUACGGAUGUUGAUGCAGAUGCGAAUAAGACAUCCGUCGAAAAGGAUCCUGGCACUCAAUGA